UUGCUGGAGUUACCCAAGAGGAUGAGCGACAACAUCGUAAAAUAUGGGGAAGGUAGUUGUCGGUAAGUUCGGUGGCAUUUCGUCCAUUUCCCGAAGCUAGAGUUCCGAAGAGUGGAGCUCUGGUUCCCCAUCGUGACCCCGCGCCGACGUCGGGAUUGCCUCAAAGAGAACGCAUUCAUGGCGUAUCCGAGCGGCUUACCAAGUCCAUCUGGUAUGAAAAGUUCUCGCAGUAGGGGAAGCCUGGGUCCGUAUUUCAAGCCGGCGUCCUUGGAGCCCUGGUACUCAACCCCCACUUCCCCAGGCCUUUCCACGACUGCCAAACUACGGGUUGAGCAUCGACCGCGAACUUUGAUUAUUCAUCAAUUCCUUCUAUCUCUGGACUGUUUUGGUCUCUGAUCGGAAAAUCCACGCCAUUUUUAGUCAAAUUGUAGUCCCAAUAGCUCGCAGAUGGGUAAAAUAGCUACCAUUGAAUACUUCCGCGUACCACCAAGAUGGCUCUUUGUCAAAAUCACGGAUGAGGCAGGUAAUACUGGAUGGGGCGAAGCUUCUCUGGAAGGGCAUACCCAAGCAGUCGAGGGAUGUCUAGACGCAUGGACUGACAGAUAUUUGGGCUUCGAGGCAGACGAGAUAGAGCACAUCUGGCAGAUGUCAUGGCGAACCAGCUUCUACCGUGGCGGCCCGGUCUUCAUGAGUGCACUAGCAGGCAUUGACAUCGCACUAUGGGAUCUCAAGGCCCGGAAACUGGGUGUACCGAUCUAUCAGCUGCUCGGUGGAAAAGUCAGAGAUAAGCUGAGGGUGUACGCUUGGAUCGGUGGAGAUCGGCCUUCGGACGUCGAAAAGCAAGCGCAAGCUAGAAAAGAGCAAGGUUUCAAUGCUGUGAAAAUGAAUGCUACGGAGGACAUAGCUUGGCUCGAUUCCCCAUCAGCGCUGAACGAUAGCGUCGAGCGCCUAAAAACCGUCAAAGCCCUCGGUAUGGAUGCUGGAAUGGACUUCCACGGGCGCGUGCACAAACCUAUGGCCAAGCAGCUCGCCAAAGCGCUGGAACCGCAUCACCCACUCUUCAUCGAGGAGCCUCUUCUAUCUGAGCAUAUCGGCGGCAUCAAGGCCCUCUCACAACUUACCUCAAGCCCCAUCGCUCUCGGUGAAAGACUCCACAGCCGCUGGGAUGUUCGCCCCUUUCUCGAAGCUGGUUGCGUCGACAUCCUACAACCCGACAUCUCGCACUGUGGCGGGAUCUCCGAAAUGAAGCGCAUAGCCGCCAUGUGCGAAGCCUACGACGUAGCUCUCGCGCCUCACUGCCCACUUGGUCCCAUCGCGCUCGCAGCAUGCGUGCAAGUCGACGCUACUGUCGCCAACUUCUCAAUCCAGGAAAUGAGCUUGGGCAUCCAUUAUAAUGCGGGAAGUCAGGAUCUGACAAGCUACACGAAGAAUCCCGAGGUUUGGACAGUGAAGGAGGGGUAUAUUGAGUUGAUGAAGGGACCUGGACUGGGUAUUGAAGUCGAUGAGGAGAUGGUGAGAAGGUUGAGCAAAGAUGCGAAGGCUUGGUUUACGCCUGGGUUCAUUGGGCCUGGUGGGGAGAUUCGGGAGUGGUGAGCUCUUCACGGUACCAACAAUGGGCACGCCCAGAAGCUCUGGAAAGUACAGCAAGGUGUUUGUGCCACUGUUCAGCAUGAACAGUUCCAAGGUUACGAGCCAUGAGCAUAGCGGUUUGGAUAAUUUGCUGUACACCAAGUCUCGUCCACCUGUGACGCAUUUUGCUCUUUGGGCGACAUCUCCGAAGCGCAUCUGGAGGGCAUUAGC